AUGGCAAGUAAAGAGGCGAAGUUGGCGGUUUCGACGGCAAAAACGGUAGCUUUUGAAUGCCUUUAUGCUGAACUAGAGAACAACGGCAUGGAUAAGAAAUUAUUCAGGCUAGCCAAGGCGAUAGAGAGGAGGGCACGUGAUAUGGAUCAAGCGAAGUGCAUCAAGGACGAGCAUGACAAAGUUUUGUUUGACUUUGCAUCUGCUUUUGUGUCUCUUUUGGUGGUUGAAGGACUUCAGCACUUGAGGAAUAGUCUGCCAGAUUCUGUUGAGGUACAUCGCAUUGACAAGCCACAUAUUGCCCUGGGAAACUGCAUAGCAUGCAAUGAUCAUGUUGCUCUUAUACAUCCUGAUCUUGACAUGGGCACUGAAGAGAUGAUUGUGGAUGUUCUCGGCGUUGAAGUUUUUAGGCAAACGAUAGCUGGGAAUGUUCUUGUUGGCAGAUAUUGUACAUUAUCCAACAAAGGGGACUUGGUCCAUCCUGGUACAUCCAUUUAAGAAUAGGACGAGCUUUCACCUUUUUUUCAGGUUCCUCUGGUGGCAGGAACUGUGAAUCAUGGUAGUAAUGUGGUAGCUGCUGGAUUGACCGUUAAUGACCGGGCAGCAUUUUGUGGCUCAGACACUACAGUGGAAGAGUUGUCUGUUGUUGACAGCGUAUUCGAAUUGAGAGAGGCUCAACCUAGGUCUACUGUUGAUGCAAUGAGGCAAUCAUUGAUCAACAGUUAUGUUUGAGUUCUGUGGUUUAUGCUGCAUGUUCUUUGUAGUGUUUCUAUGAAUUAGAGUUUUACUGCUGCUCUUAAUUUUUGCUUGUCUUAGGUCAAAAGAUUUUAAUUGUGGAUUCACAGAUUUUAGUCCAGUGGUAAGGUGUUAAUUACCGGUCUCCUAUUUACAAGUGACCAUAUCUUGAAAAGGCAUUUAUGUGCAAAAACAUAUAAUUUCCAACU